AAAAAGGCUGGUCCAAGUGAUUUAGGAUUCAGGUCCACAACCAUAAAGGUGAGGAGCACUACACUGUAUUCCUUCGAGUGCUCACCAACUGCACCUACCGGUUCUCGGUCAGGUGCGCAUCUUGCCAUCUUCUCAAGCGCCAAAGAAGGAUUCGAGCAAGACAACCUUAAAUUACAUAAAAAGAUUUGAUUUUUAACGACGCCCAUCUCCGAGGUUUGUGAAAUUAAAGAAAAUUAAGGUUUUAAUGGAGGGGCUGAUGAGUUUUCGAGCGAACUCUGUUCGUGCUGUCUCUAGACAGCAAAGCUCGGUACUAGUUCCUACAUUCUCUUCAAAAAUUACUAGUACAAGAGUUUCUGUUCAUCCAAUUGGAAUGGUGAGAAAUUCCAGAUUGUUUAAUUCAUUUGUUGCUUCAGUUCAGCCCGUUGUAGCCUCUGCUGUUACGCCUUUUGACAACACAUUACCAUCUAAAGAGGUUCUUGAUGUUUGGCAAAAUGCGAAUGCUGUAUGCUUUGAUGUGGAUAGCACUGUGUGCAUAGACGAGGGCAUAGAUGAAUUUGCAGAGUUUUGUGGGGCUGGAAAGGCUGUAGCAGAAUGGACUGCUAGGGCAAUGAAUGGCUCUGUUCCUUUCGAAGAUGCAUUGGCAGCUCGUCUGUCGCUUAUCAACCCUUCAUUGUCCCAACUCCAGGAUUUUCUUAAGAGACCUCCACGACUUUCUCCUGGCAUUGAUCUAUUGGUCAAGAAACUGAAGGAUGAAAAGAAAGACGUUUAUCUGGUCUCAGGCGGGUUUCGUCAAAUGAUCAAUCCUGUCGCAUCAAUUCUUGGUGUACCGAUUGAAAAUAUUUUUGCCAAUCAAAUGCUCUUUGGGAGUGAUGGAGAAUGUGCUGGGUUUGACAAAAAUGAGCCAACUUCAAGGAGUGGUGGGAAACCUACUGCUGUUCAACAAAUAAAAAAGGCUCAUGGGUACAAAUCAGUAGUGAUGAUUGGUGAUGGUGCUACUGAUCUUGAGGCUCGUAUGCCAGGUGGUGCGGACUUGUUUAUUUGCUAUGGGGGAGUUCAACUACGAGAGCCAGUUGCAGCCAAAGCUGAUUGGCUGGUGUUUAAUUUUAAGGACUUGAUUAACUCAUUGGAGUAAUGUGCUAUCGCAUCUUCACUCUUCCAACAGGGGCUUAUGCAGCUUUGUAGUUGUGUUCUUGAUGUCAUUUAUUUGGCUCUUAAAUUUUGCUAUGAGGUAUUGCGAAAAAAAUUUGAAAUCUUGGAAACUGACCUCAUUAUGAUUGGGAGCUAAACCCUCGUCUUGUAUUGUGUCUUCUAUACUGCAUUUCUAGAGAACUUAUUGCAUUCUCACCAGCCAGAAUGAAUGGCGUUCACUAGAGAAGAAGCUACCUUUAUUUAUUUAAUAUAACAACCGUCUUCCUUGUCUUGUAUUGUCUCUUCGAUCUUAGCUUGAUAUAUAGCAAAUGUUUGGUUGAAAAUGAUUCA